AUGGCUAAUUAUUAUCGUGACCUAGAGGACAGUGGUGCAAAUUAUGAAGAGGAAGAAGCACAGUUAUGGAGAGAACCAAUUUACUCUCGACAAAGACAAAGAUUUGAUGGACAUAGUCAUAAUAAUGACGCUAUUUCUUCACAUAUAAGGAGAAUGCCUGACGAAGUAUGGCUGAUUCCAGCUAACAUUGAUGCAAAGAAAAUUCUUGGCGAGAAAAAAGCCAACCUGCAACGUAUAGAAGCCUCAACUAAUACACACAUGAAUUAUAACGAGAGUGAUGCGCAAAUCGAAAUGUGGGGAAACCGAGAUGAACUUGCUGAAGCAAUAAAACAAUGGAACACUCUCGCUCAGAACAUUCUGGAUGUAAGUUUUCGAACUCUUAAGAGUAUUUAUGACGAUCCAUCUGAACUUUAUGCAAAUGAUGAAUUAAGAAGAACUAGGGAAGCUAGGAAAGCUCGAGAGGAAAAAAAUAAGAGUGCUUGGGCAAAGCCAGAAAAGGAACUUACAGAAAAGCAGCGUAGAAAGCUAAAACGAAGGGAAGAGAGGGCUGCCAAGGAAAAAGAAAUGGCCGGACCCAAUUUUCCUCGGGAUAGAAUGCCAUACAACGCACAUUUCGUGUUACCUACUAAUAAUGAAAUUCCUAUUGAACAAAUUCUCGGGGACAAAGAAGACGUGCUGAACUCCAUUCGAAUGGAUACCAAUUGUUACAUGUUUUAUGAUCCAGUCCUUAAGUUGGUUAAAAUUGCUGGAAAUGAAAGUGAUUUGGUAGAAGAAGCCGCUAUGCGUGUCAAAGUUCUUUAUUUAAAAUCUGUCGCGCGCAAUGGAUGGGUGCAUCAUAUGAUUGAUAUACCUGAUAUACCUAGGCAACCAUAUCGUGUUAAAAUUGCAAAUCUGCCUGAUUCUGAUUGGUUUAUGCCUCCUCACGAUGUAGACACGAAAACUGCAAUUAAAAUUUUUGAACCUGUUAGAGAUGGGGAUCCUACUACUCUUGGAAAGGAAAAUGACUCAAAAGAAUCUUCAGUAGAUUUAGAAACACUACAAAGAAUCCAGUUAGAGAAUGUCGAAGGAAUUAAGAAUGCCCUUUUACAAGCAUUAGGACUCUUUGAAGUUGUUUCUCAAGGAGAACAACAAUGGGAAGGAUCUCCUUUCCGUGAAUACAAAAUUCGUGCUUACAUGCGUCCCAAAUCUCGUGGGGAUCCAAAAUUAGAUUGCGUAUUUGACGUCAAAUUCAAAAAUGAUAACAAAAUUGGAUUAUGGAACGCGACUAUGACUGAAAGAAAUUCUCAAAUUAGCCCAAACAAUAAAUUGAUUUACACCAAUACCGAAGAUAUUGUAGUUACUUCCGUCUGUGAAAAGCUUAAAUGGAAAUUUUGGUGGGGGGAAAAUUAUGUAAUUGAGAUUACAAGAUAUGAACAUUGGAACUGUGAUAAGAAAUUUCAAAGCAUAGAUCCUGGAGUAGAGAUUGUUUUGGGCCGCGAACCUUCGGAAAGAACAUUCUUCGAUACUUGGGAGAGGGAUUUCGCAGAAAAUUGUAAUUUAUCGUCAGGGCGUGUACCAGAGUGGCAUCCUAUUGAUUUUGUCGAAGAGGAAAA